AUGCAUUUGGUUCCAAAGGAGCUCGAUAAGUUGGUCAUUUCCCAACUGGGCCUUCUUGCUCAGCGAAGACUUGCGCGGGGCGUCAAGCUCAAUCAUUCAGAGUCAGCCGCUCUUAUUGCGAACAAUCUUCAAGAACUCAUUCGUGAUGGCAAACACACUGUCGCCGACCUUAUGUCGAUUGGAUCGACCAUGCUCGGCCGCCGCCAUGUUUUCCCCUCAGUCUGCACUACCCUCACCGAGAUUAUGGUCGAAGGUACAUUCCCUACCGGCACCUAUCUAGUGACUGUCCACCAUCCCAUCGCAACCGAUGAUGGUGAUCUAGAGAAAGCCUUAUACGGUUCGUUUUUGCCCAUUCCAAAUAUGGGCAUUUUCGAGCUUCCAAAAGAGGAGGAGUAUGCGAUAGAGAAACAACCGGGCGCUGUGAUAGUUAAAUCCGGAAAGGUGACGAUCAACGAAGGGAGAAAACGCAUCAAGCUUAAAGUGAAAAGCAAAGGAGACAGACCCAUACAAAUUGGUUCACACUAUCAUUUUAUCGAGACAAACCCGCAGCUCGAAUUCGACCGCAUCAAGGCCUAUGGUUACCGGCUGGACAUCGCAGCUGGAACUUCGGUUCGUUUCGAACCGGGCGACACGAAGACUGUAACCCUGGUGGAGAUAGCUGGAAACAAGGUAAUCCGUGGGGGCAAUCAUAUUGCAACUGGUCCAGUCGACGCAUCUCGUGCAGAGGAAAUCUUGGAGAAUUUACAGCAAGGGGGAUUUGCUCACGCUCCAGAUCCAACAACCGAUUCCAAGUUAAUUGAAACUUUUGAAAUGGAAAGGGCAGCUUAUGCUACCAUGUUUGGACCCACGACUGGUGAUGUGGUGCGCUUGGGGUUCACUGAUUUAUGGGUCAAAGUAGAAAAAGACUUGACGGUCUAUGGCGAUGAAUGUAAGUUUGGUGGCGGUAAAACAUUGCGUGAAGGUAUGGGUCAAGCAACAGGCGUUUCUGACGACAUUUCUCUGGAUCUUGCGAUUGUGAAUGCCUUGAUUGUGGACUGGACUGGCAUAUAUAAAGCAGAUAUCGGCGUCAAAAAUGGGGUAAUCGUUGGUAUUGGGAAAGCUGGAAACCCGGAUGUUAUGGCUGGUGUUUCCCCUGGAAUGAUCGUCGGAUCUUGCACAGACAUAAUAGCCGGUGAAGGAAAGAUCAUAACUGCGGGGGGUUUUGACACCCACAUACAUUUCAUAUGUCCGCAACAAGUCACUGAAGCCAUCUCAUCCGGUAUUACAUCUAUGCUUGGUGGAGGCGUUGGGCCUAGUGCCGGUACGAGUGCGACUACCUGUACACCAGGAAAAAAUUACAUGCGUCAAAUGCUACAAGCAUGUGAUACGUUACCUGUUAAUCUUGGUAUUACUGGAAAGGGCAACGACAGCAACCCCUUGGCACUCCGAGAGCAGGUUACUGCUGGGGCUUGUGGAUUGAAACUGCACGAGGACUGGGGUACAACUCCUUCGGCGAUUGAUUCUUGUUUGACGGUCUGUGAUGAACUUGACGUGCAAUGUCUCAUUCACACAGAUACUCUGAACGAGUCUGGCUUCGUUGAGUCAACCAUCGCGGCGUUUAAAGACAGGGCUAUACAUACGUAUCAUACAGAAGGUGCGGGAGGUGGGCAUGCACCCGAUAUCAUCAGCGUGGUUGAACACGCCAAUGUACUUCCCUCGUCAACAAACCCAACACGCCCUUUUACACGUAAUACCCUCGACGAACAUCUUGACAUGUUAAUGGUCUGCCACCACCUGUCCAAGAAUAUACCCGAAGAUGUGGCAUUUGCGGAAUCCCGUAUCCGCGCAGAGACAAUCGCAGCAGAAGACGUGUUGCAUGAUCUAGGAGCCAUUAGCAUGAUGUCUUCUGAUUCUCAAGCCAUGGGCCGCUGUGGUGAAGUCAUCCUACGAACUUGGAACACGGCUCACAAAAAUAAAGUCCAGAGGGGGUUCUUGAAAGAAGAUGAAGGUACCGGCGCUGACAACUUCAGAGUGAAGAGAUACAUCAGCAAGUAUACUGUCAAUCCUGCUGUGGCCCAAGGAAUGGGCCAUAUCAUUGGUAGUGUCGAAGUAGGCAAGCUUGCGGAUUUAGUUGUGUGGGAUCCAGCUUGGUUCGGCACUAAGCCCAUGACAAUCAUUAAAAGUGGCUUGAUUGCUUAUGCUCAAAUGGGUGACCCGAACGCUUCGAUUCCGACGGUCCAACCCAUCAUAGCUCGUCCAAUGUUUGCCCCUCUUGUUCCGCAGACUUCGAUUCUCUUCGUAAGCGAGAGCUCUAUAUCCUCAGGUGCUAUUUCUAGCUAUGGGUUGAAAUCAAGAGUCGAAGCUGUAAAGAAUUGUAGAAACAUUGGUAAGAAGGACAUGAAGUUUAAUGAUGUUAUGCCCAAGAUGAGCGUCGAUCCGGAGAGUUACCGGGUGGAGGCCGACGGAGCACACAUGGUCUGCGAGGCUGCUACUAGUUUGCCCUUGACACAGGUUGCUUAUGUGUAUUGA